AUGACAUCAUCUUUCGACACCAUCGAUCAAGAGGCUCAUAGCAGGGUUGACGGAAGACUGACGAAGAAGGCAGUCCCGGCUUCUAUCUCAAAUUUCUUUGGCGGCUACAGUUGGAAAAGACAUCGGCUAGCUAUGGCUGAGCGAAGGCUCAGCACAUCGGCGCAGGUCGGCAACUACACCAGAAGGUUCUUACUCCCUCCCUCGCACGAAGCCAGCAAGGGGCCGAUUGUACCUCGACACGGUCCUUCUGCUGCAGUGUUGAUGAUCCGCUGGGGCAACGACAACCCACAGAUCCUGCUGUCCCCUUCGAACCUCUUUCCCUUUUCGAGUAUCUCCUUCUCCUUAUCCCCUCUUCCUUUUCUUGCAUAUUUGUGUCAUCACCCAGUUCUAAAGACGAAAGCAAAUCCACCAAUAUCUGACCAACGUAGUUUCACUAGCUUCGUGAACGAUCGUAACGACGAACAAUUGAUACAUGGUGGCCCACAAUCUCCCUCGGAUGCAUAUACUAGCAAGAACAUCCAAGAGUUCACCAGUGAUAUCCACAAGUUUACGGGCCUUGGGCUUAAGCAAUAUGCCGUUCGAUUCGGAUUUGAUGGGAAAUCCAUGAGUACGGACUGUUACACUAUCAGGAGCUGUGCAGCAUAUCGGAUCAUCCUUGGAUAUCGACUGAAAGCCUCGCUAGCAACUAGCAGUUCAUUAGCAUGGAAGACCUGCUUUUCGACUGAUAUGCAGAUCGCAGUACGGUCUACCGGCAACGCUGAAGCGGUGUGUUCACAAGGCAGAAAGGGCCAAGCACCACCGAUAAUUCGCUCUUCAGCGACACAAGAUUCGGCGUUGCAUUCGCAUCCAGAUCGGCUUCCUGUUUCGGGCAUCGAGGCGACAUGCAGCUCGGUCAUGCCGGCAGCCCUCACCGACAAGCAGAGAGGCAGCAGGAUCACAAGCACAUUUCCACAUAUUAUCACACGUUUCUUGAAUACUAGCUGCGUCCAUUUUCAUGUUCAUGUGAGGUGUACGAGGCUCUCCGAUCACGUUCAUGGAUACGAGAGGUACGUAUCUAAAAACGCAAAAACGCCUACAUCGCUCCCCAAACGCCCGAUGGCCAAAUAUACCAGUACUCACAUCAAGCUGUUCAUGAAGGAACGGUUAGGGGCUAUUUUUGGACUCCCGAAGACCACUAAACCCAAUCUCUCACGCCACGAGACUAGCAACCUCUCACCCCUCCAGCCCUACGAUCCCAGCCUUGCGUCACCGCCACAUUAUUCGUGCAGAUCUUCACACCUCGCAAUCCUGCUUGAACUGCCACUUCUCAUCAAGAGAUGCUUCGAAUAUACAACGAGGCGCUGGGCUCUUCGAAUAUACAACGAGGCGCUGGGCUCCAUGCUCGGCUUCGGCGUGGGGAGCCCAAAUAACAGGGGUGGUUGCCGGUGCGAUGGGGAACCCCAUGGCUGCAAAUGCGGGCUAAAACCGCCCACGACGUCGCAUCUUCACAAGGCACUCGAGCGCCGUGCAGCAAAGAAGGAAUAUCAUUGCAGAAAAUACAAGCGCCGUAAUAUAUACCCUGGACCUCCAUCUGCAUCUUCAAGCCAUUCCGAUACGAUUUACUCCUUCACGGUAUGCCGGCGACAUGGAGAGGCACACACACACAGGGGUUCGGACCUCGUGGCCAGUCGAGGCCCGACCACUUUGAAACGAACUGAGCAAUCAGAAUGGCAGACUUCCAAAGCUGUGGGCGAUGCAGCGCCCUCUCCUCGCGGCUGCAUCAAGAUCCCAAACCGUUUCGAAACAUUCGAUCAAUCAAAACUGCAGAUGCACGAGCUCGACACCCUUUCAGGCCAUCUUGACGAGAAUCGCGGAUUAUUCAGCCAUCGUCUGGAAGAGGGACCCCAGGUUUGCACACUGCACAAGCUGGGCAAGCAUAGACGGCGCCCUACCGCUUACUCAUGCACUUUCUCACCUGUGAGGCCCGAUAGAAUAUCACUUCGAAGCGCCGCUGUGCCACAUGAAAUGAAAUUUUGUUCAACUCAAAAAUACCUACUGCAAGUUACUUCUUUUUCUUCGGCAACUGACUAUUUUCGACUUCGCUUUCGCACUUCGAAAAUAGGUCGGUGUUGGUUUUACUCUCGCGAGAUUACAGCAUCCUCAUUUUGGAAGCUAUCAAUCAUCGAAAACGGCUCAAGUGACAUGAGCUCCGCACCAGGCUCCUUCCUUCCCGCCACUGGUCCUAUUCGCAUAAAUGUUGAAGCGCCAAUGGCAAGGAGGUUGCAUCAACCAGUCGUCGACAUUUCGCAUACAGAUUCAUGCACGGUGAACUUCAUCACUCUUUUGGGAAGUAGUUCAAUCCCUUUCCUCGGCCUCAAACAUGCACCUCAACGAUUAUUCAUCUCAGCUAACUAUUCACAUCGCAUGACACUCCAAUAAGUCUUCCUGCUUUGGAUAUAGAGGGCAUGUUUAUAGUGACAAAGCAUGGAUCUAACAUACAGCGUAUAUCUAGCCUAAUUGGGUCAUCAUUCAGCUGCUUUACUCUGCGCCAUUUGCGUAGCAUUGUCUUAACUAGAGUUACGGUCCUUCUAUUUCGACUGUCCGGGUCAAGAACUUGAAGAAAC